UCACUAAGAGAGAGAAAAACGUCAUCGUGAAAUCCCGGAAAGCGCAGACCAUAAUAAACGCGGCGAGCUCCAAGAUAGGCCGACAAAAUGACCAAAGACACGAAAAAGAGACAGCCAAACUUUACCCAAGAAGAACAGUUGUUACUUUCAGGGCUGGUGGCAGCAAACAGCGUCAUUCUUGAGGGAAAGCUGGGCCCCGGCGUAACCGCCUGGCAGCGACGACAGACAUGGCAGAAGAUUACAAACACCCUCAAUAAAGGCAAAACGCACAAGAGGACCAAGGAGGAGGUUAGAAAGAAAUGGAAAAACCUGAAGAGCCAGUCGAAGCAAACUUUUUCGAAUUUCAGGCAGCAAACCAUUGCCACUGAAGGCGGACCACCUCCCAUCCCUGUAAGUCCUGUCACAGAUGCAGUUGCAGAGGCCAUAGGGAGGGACAACAUGUCUUUGACAGAAAUAUCCGACUUCUGUGAUUCGACAGCCCUACAACUGCUUGAUGUCAUGAGAUCAAAGAAAAGACCAACCCUGGUCAGCGGUGAUGUUGAGGACAUGGCCAAUGCAUUCCACCUGCCGGAGAGGACGACUUGCCAGUGCCAGCAACAGCAACAGCAACAGCCAUAUAUGGAAGAAUUAAACAAAGAAAAACUUUUAUUAGAAAUUGAAUGUUUAAAAUUAAAAAAAAAAUAUCUAAAAAAGAAAAUUUACAAACUAGAUGAAUAUGUGUAAAGGUAAAAUGGUGUCAUUUAAGAUGCAAAUCAAACCUAUUUCUAAGUGUGUCAGUUAAAUUGAAGUUGUUCCAAUUAAGAUCGGUGAUGAAGCAUGUUCACAUUUGUUUGCCAUAUUUUCCAGGGAUAAUGCAGUCACACUUCCAAGGCAUGUUGCUUGUGAAAUGUUUCCAAGACCAUGGUUUACAGCCAUUAAUCUGUUGAUGAGGCAUUUCCAAAACACCGCCUUCACUAAGCUGACAAUUUGAUUAUUUGAGCCUGGCAUUAUUGUCAAUUUAAUUUGGUUGCCAUAUAGAUUUUUUGGGCCACUACUCAAAUAUUUGAAUGUGUUGAAUUUGACAAAGAGUGAAGUGUAUGGUCUGCAUUUCAAAUAUGUCACUAUGUACUGUUUGAGCUCAGAUAUGUUUGCCUAAACAUUUUUUAAGCAAGAUAUAAAAUAUGUCAAAAGAUAAUGAAUACUGAACAUCAAUACAGAUACAGAAUACCAAUUUGGAAAUCGCAUUGACUUUGUUUACAAGUACACAUUCCGUCGAUGACAGGUUCUUAUUCAUCUAAAUUCAAAUGUUAUUAAUGCUCUCGUCACAAUAUGGCUGAAAUAUUUCCGAUGUGACGUUAAAUUUUAACUCAAUCACUACAAGUACACAUGACAGUGAGUGAGUUUUUGGUUUGAUUUGUUGUUUAACUCCGCACUCGGCAAUAUUCCAGCUAUAUGACGGUGGUCUGUAAAUGAUCGAAUCUGGACCAGACAUUCAAGUGAUUGACAUCAUGAGCAUCUAUCCACGCAAUUAGGAUAUGAUGCCAUCAACCAAGUCAGUGAGCCUGACCACCCAAUCCCGUAAGUGGCCUCUUAAGACAAGCAGUUGCCUUUUAGGGCAAGCAUGGGUUGCUGAAGACCUAUUCUACCCCGGAUCUUCACGGGCUGAGUGGGUGAGUGAGUGAAUUUGAUGUCAUAUUUAUAAAAUGUUUCUGUCUUCAUUGAAUAAAAAUCAAUGUUCACUGUA